CUCAGAGGGGCUCGUCUGAGCCCAGGAGAAAGCACUGACCACUAAUCUCUGCAGACAUGAGCGCCCGGGCCACGCGGCCCCGAAGCCGCCGAGGGAGGCAUGCACCGCCCGGGGAGCUGGAUCCGGUGGUGGAGAGCUCGGAGGAGACUGAAGUGGCUGGCCGGAGUACGGGCCCAGGAGCCGGCUCAGCCACUGAUCCGGCCCAGGAGGUGAAACCGGAACUGCAGGGUGUGGACCUGGAGCCGCCCCCAGGGCAUAGCCCCCAAGGCAGUGUACACGCAGAAGCAGAUGAGGAUGGUGGCAAGGUCCUCCUGGAGCUGGCUGAGCCGGCCAGCCAGACGCCCCAGACCCCCCAGGCCAGGGAGCCCCCAGGCCCUACAGAUGUGUUUGAGAAGCUGCAGGACGUGCUCUGUUCCCUGGAGGCCGCAGCCACUGCCUGGCGUGUCCAGCCCCAACCCCAGCAGGCAGAGGGCGGCGGCCCGGGGACAGGGAGGCCCGCAACGGAGGCAGGUCCCAGGGGCCUGCAGCGUGAGGCCGCCGGGCUGGCGGAGAGAAACGCGUGGCUGCGUCUGGCCCUGGAGAGCCGAGAGGCAGAGCUGGCGCGCGUGCAGGCCGAGAAGGAGAGCGCGCAGAGAGAGGUGCAGGAGCUUCAGAAUUUCCUGCUGACUCUGGAGCCGGCCCAGCCCUUGGCCCAAGGCCAAGGCCCCAGCUCCUGCAGUGACCCCAGCAGCCCUGGGGCUGAGCCGUGGGGGACCGAGGACAGUCCCUUUCCCCUCGCUCAACCCCUGCUCCGGCGGCUGAGAAGUGCCCCCAGCGCCCAGCUGCUGGCCACCCCUUGCAGCGUCCCCAAGUCCCGCGUCCUGGAGAUGCAGCUGGAGCAGCUGCGGGGCAGCAGCAUUGAGAAGCUCAAGUGCUUCAACCGCCUGCUGUCGGCCGUGCUCCAGGGCUGCAAGGGCCGGUGUGAAGCCCUCAGCAUGCAGCUUGGCCAGCGGGAGGCAGAGGCCACUGUGCUCCGCCUAGCCCUGCAGGACAGUGAGAGCUGCGAGAGAGCCUACGGCAGCCUGUUCGCCCUGUGGGCUGCAGCGUCCCCCGGGGAGCUGGAGGUGGCCGAGCAAGAGGCACAGAGGCUGCUGGCCCAGGAUGGAGACACGUGGCGGGGCACCCUGCCCAGCCCUGAGGGCAGCAGUGUGGACAGACCCACGACCCUGGAGGUGGCCACGCAGCUCCGGAGCCGAAUCCGGUGCCUUCAGGAGCACCGGGCAUUGCUGAAGAUCCCCCCAGAGCCGGGCCCUACCCUGACACCCAUGUCCACCGUGCCCCGUGCAGAAGCCAUGGUCCAGGCCAUCCUGGACACCCAGCCUGGCCCCGCACUGCCCCAGCUGGACAAGAUCCAGAUCCAGCAGGACCUGGCAGCCACCCGGGAGAGCCUGGCGGACCUGAUGCUGCGGCUGCAGCUGGUACAGAGGGAGAAGCGAGGCCUGGAGCUGCGGGAGGCGGCGCUGCGCGCCCAGGGCCCCGCGCAUGCGCUGCUGCAGGCCCAGCUGCGGUGGGAGCUGGAGCUGCUCCAGGCGGGCUGCUCGGGCAGCAGCUCCGGGGACACCAGUGGCGCUGGGAGCAGCAGCGAGGAUGAUGACGAGGGCCUCCCCCCGCACCCUCCUGCUGUCCCUGCGGGCAGUCAGAGCCUUGAUGGUGGCUGGGUGAGCCAGGAGCAGGACCAGGAGAAGCUCGCCCAGGAACUGGCAGCAUCCCUCACCCGGGCGCUGGACCUGCAGGAGCAGCUUCAGGCGCUGCGGGAGGAGCUGGAGCAGGUGGUUCACAAGGGAAGAGCCAGGCGCAUGCAGAGUGCCGAGCUGAACCGAGAGUUGUGCAAAGCUCACAGCUCCCUGGUGCUGGCCUUCCGUGGUGCCCACCGGAAGCAGGAGGAACAGCGGCGGAAACUGGAGCAGCAGAUGGCAAUGAUGGAGGCGCGACACGCUGAGGAGCUGGCGGGGCUGGAAGCCAUGGCCCGGGCCCUGGGGAGAACCCCACGGCCCCUGCCCUCACGGCCCCCGCGGCCAGGGGAGACCUUCCUGUAAGCCCCCUCAGGGAUCCGGACAGCUGCACGCUGUGACUGGCCCUGCCAUAAAGGCCCUUGGACUCCUU